AUCCAUACCGUACGCGUACGUAAGAGACUCCCAGUGAUCAAACUACGCUCGAGUCGUAUAGACUGUGCCUCAUAGUAAAUUCGCGGGAAAUUUGAAAAUUCUGUGCGUACAGUGUCCACGAAUUGUAUGAAGUGCAGUGAAAUAUGCCGGAUACGUGAUUUUUGAUUUGGUCAUUUGUCAGGUAGCAGCAGGAGGAGUCGAUUUUCCGACACAUCGACAACUAUAACAACAACAAAAGGAGUUUUAUCCAUCCAUCCAAAAGAUUCGUUGGACUAUUUCACUAUAGUCUCAAUCGAUGUCUACAUAAAUAUAUAUAUAUUUAGAGUGUGAAUAUUACUCUCAAGGAUAUGACCAAAAACAAGCAGCAGAACUUCCCUUUGCGGAGCACCUUCGCCACCCUGAGUCGUAGGUUCAGGAAGAAAGACAAAUUGAAAAGGGACGUUCGCACUGUAGUUCUGACGAAGGGCAACAGUGGUUUGGGCUUCAACAUCGUCGGCGGCGAAGAUGGUGAAGGCAUUUUCAUAUCGUUCAUCUUGGCAGGCGGACCGGCGGAUCUUUGCGCCGAACUGAGACGCGGCGAUCAGAUCAUCAGCGUUAAUGGUGUUAAUCUGAGGAACGCGACCCAUGAGGAAGCCGCGCAGGCCCUCAAAGUAAGCGGAACCAAUCAGACUGUCACGAUCGUCGUGCAGUAUAGGCCGGAGGAGUACAACCGAUUCGAGGCGAAGAUACACGACCUCAAGCAGCAGAUCAACCAGCAGGUGAUUGGUGGAGUCGUUGGUGUUGGUGGAGGAGGUGGCGGCGGAGGCGGCACCUUGUUGCGAACCUCCCAAAAGAGGUCGCUCUACGUGAGGGCUUUAUUCGAUUAUGAUCCGAUGAAAGAUGACGGCCUCCCCAGUCGGGGAUUGGCUUUUCACUACGGAGAUAUCCUCCACGUGACGAACGCCAGCGACGACGAAUGGUGGCAGGCGAGGCGCGUGCUGAACUCUGGAGAUGAGCAAGGUAUGGGAAUUGUUCCAUCGAAGAAGAGAUGGGAGAGGAAGCAGAGGGCGCGCGAUAGAUCCGUCAAAUUCCAAGGGCACAUGCCGAACAUCCUCGAAAAGCAAUCGACUCUGGAUAGGAAAAAGAAGAACUUUUCGUUCAGCCGUAAAUUCCCGUUCAUGAAGAGCAAAGACGACAAGAGCGAGGACGGCUCCGACCAAGAACAAUCUCCAACCGCCUCCCCUUUAUCUGCGGUAGAUACAGAAUCGAGUACGCCAUCCUUCAUGUUGUGUUACACUCAAGAAGACGCCAAUUCCGAAGGUGAAAUAUUAUAUCGCGUUGAGCUGCCUUACAUGGAAGAAAUAACUCUUAUUUAUCUGGAGAAUAAUGAUAAUUAUGACAGCUAUAGCAACGAGGAGUGCGUACUCUCCUACGAACCCGUACAGCAGAUGCAGAUCAGCUACACCAGACCGGUGAUCGUUUUGGGUGCGAUGAAGGACCGCAUCAACGACGAUCUCAUCUCCGAGUUUCCAGAUAAAUUCGGUAGCUGCGUUCCACAUACGACAAGGCCGAAGAGAGAGUACGAGGUUGACGGAAGGGAUUACCAUUUCGUCGCCUCCAGAGAGCAGAUGGAGAAGGACAUUCAGAAUCAUCUGUUCAUCGAAGCCGGACAGUACAAUGAUAAUCUUUACGGUACGUCGGUGGCUUCGGUGAGGGAGGUAGCUGAUAAGGGAAAGCAUUGCAUUCUCGAUGUAAGCGGUAACGCCAUCAAACGGCUUCAAGUCGCACAACUCUAUCCGGUUGCGAUCUUCAUCAAACCCAAAUCGGUCGAAUCUAUUAUGGAGAUGAAUAAGAGGAUGACCGAGGAACAGGUCAAGAAAACGUUCGAGCGUGCUCUGAAGAUGGAGCAGGAAUUCGGCGAAUAUUUCACUGCUGUGGUGCAAGGCGAUACUCCUGAAGACAUAUAUUCGGCGGUGAAGGACGUGAUCGGACAGCAAUCCGGCCCGAAGAUCUGGGUGCCGACGAAGGAAAAGCUGUGACCUUCGGCCCCACCCGUGUGGACACUACCGCCGCGCUCCUCCUGCUUGCACUGAGAAAGAUACAACAUCCCAACCACCACUUCACCAUCCCAGAAUCCUCCUCCAACGGUAAAUUACCAGAUCCUCCUCGAACCCUACCUAAAUCUAACGUUCUUCUUCUUGUUGUUGUUGUACACCAACAAUACUCUACUCUAUUAGAACUACUAUUACUACUAUAUAACUAUAUUAAUCGUGCAGUGCCUACCUUUGACCUACUACUACUACUACUCUCUCUCUAUAUCUAAAUCUUACUUACUUAAUACCCCCUCUAUCUUCUCAAACAAAAACACACACACCAACCAAACCCUAUCCAAUAUCUAGUAGACAAGACGAUAUGAAUAUUUAUAUAAAUGCGAACCUGCUUGCAAACAAACAAACAAAAAAAACAUACAUUUAGCGUUAUAUAUAUAGUAAAGAAAACAAAAAAAAACAAAAGAAGAACCAGCACCUCUCUCUCGUUCUCCCCACCCCACACAAAUUUCAUCCCCCUCUCUAUAUAUAUAUUAUAUAAAACGUCUAUAACCGUUAUUCCGAAAGAGAGAAGAAAAAAAAAGAGAUCAAGAACCCUUAUAGCAUUAUAGCGAAACAAAAGAAUUGCAAAUCCCGAACAUUUGUUUCUCCCCAUCCUCUCACUCUCUCUCUAUAAAUAUAUACACAUAUAUUAUUAUCAUUAUUAAUAUAAACGUCAACGUUUUGUCUUCUUUUUUUUUGUUGUGAUGAUGAAAAUGUAUCAAAAACAAAAAAAAAUCAAAGCCUACUCCCGUUUCUUGUGGACCCAAAACAGCUUUCUGUAUAGAUGUGUGAAAAAAACAAAACAAUUGCGAACCAAAAAAAAAA